AUGGCUGCCGCCCAAACUGCUAUCAAGCGGUCACACUGCUCAGUCCUGGGGGAGCUGCUGGGCAGUCCUGGGGGAGCUGCUGGGCAGUCCUGGGGGAGCUGCUGGGCAGUCCUGGGGGAGCUGCUGGGCAGUCCUGGGGGCUACUUGUACUACCACCACCCACCCUCUGUAGUGUACUACCACCACCCACCCUCUGUAGUGUACUACUACCACCCACCCUCUGUAGUGUACUACUACCACCCACCCUCUGUAGUGUACUACUACCACCCACCCCCUGUAGUGUACUACUACCACCCACCCCCUGUAGUGUACUACUACCACCCACCCUCUGUAGUGUACUACCACCACCCACCCUCUGUAGUGUACUACUACCACCCACCCUCUGUAGUGUACUACCACCACCCACCCUCUGUAGUGUACUACCACCACCCACCUUCUGUAGUGUACUACCACCACCCACCCUCUGUAGUGUACUACCACCACCCACCCUCUGUAGUGUACUACUACCACCCACCCUCUGUAGUGUACUACUACCACCCACCCUCUGUAGUGUACUACCACCACCCACCCUCUGUAGUGUACUACCACCACCCACCUUCUGUAGUGUACUACCACCACCCACCCUCUGUAGUGUACUACCACCACCCACCCUCUGUAGUGUACUACUACCACCCACCCUCUGUAGUGUACUACCACCACCCACCCUCUGUAGUGUACUACUACCACCCACCCUCUGUAGUGUACUACUACCACCCACCUUCUGUAGUGUACUACUACCACCCACCUUCUGUAGUGUACUACUACCACCCACCCUCUGUAGUGUACUACUACCACCCACCCUCUGUAGUGUACUACUACCACCCACCCCCUGUAGUGUACUACUACCACCCACCCCCUGUAGUGUACUACUACCACCCACCCUCUGUAGUGUACUACCACCACCCACCCUCUGUAGUGUACUACUACCACCCACCCUCUGUAGUGUACUACCACCACCCACCCUCUGUAGUGUACUACCACCACCCACCCUCUGUAGUGUACUACUACCACCCACCCUCUGUAGUGUACUACUACCACCCACCCUCUGUAGUGUACUACUACCACCCACCCUCUGUAGUGUACUACCACCACCCACCUUCUGUAGUGUACUACCACCACCCACCCUCUGUAGUGUACUACCACCACCCACCCUCUGUAGUGUACUACUACCACCCACCCUCUGUAGUGUACUACCACCACCCACCCUCUGUAGUGUACUACUACCACCCACCCUCUGUAGUGUACUACUACCACCCACCUUCUGUAGUGUACUACUACCACCCACCUUCUGUAGUGUACUACUACCACCCACCCUCUGUAGUGUACUAG